AUGAGACGGCGAUACAUUGUUUCUCAUGCUGCGGGCAUAACAACUGCGGUAGCACACAAAUUUGCAGGCGGGCGGACGUUCGCACGUGGACGGCCGUACACUCCACUGGGCACUGUGCAGGACUUCACAUCCUCACCGCAUCACACUCGUUUUGCUGAAAUGCAGCGGGAACUAGACGAAAUGAACGGACGCCCACCCUCACAUUUGUAUGAGGGACCAACCGUCACAACAGCACAAGGUGCUCGUCCACUGUUUGAACGUGAUAUGCGUGAGGAUCCGAUGAAUGAUGAUUUGCCUGAACACUACGUUGCUGCUAGACAACGCAUGAUGACAAUGCAGAGUGAUAGUUACGGUGAAUCCAUUCGCGGUGUUGUUUCACCACCACCACCGCCGGAUUUGAAUGCACCGCGGGAGUACCAUCAGCAACAGGCGGAGUUGGGUGCCGUUUGGUGGACCGCCAUAACACUCAUUGUAAUAGCGUUUUUCUUAAUGGUGAAAUUUGGGCGGUAG